CCUCAGUUUAACGUGUCUGUGUCUGUGGUGAACAACAUGAAGUGCUCUGUCCUCUGCCUCUUGGCUGUGGCCUUUGUGCCUUUGCUCUCCGCUCUGAAAGUGGCUUCAGAGAACGAUAGACCUUGUCCAGUGAGUGCUAUGAACACUGAUGGUCGGCUUGGUCUUUGCCUGGAGCAGUGCUCCACAGACAAGGACUGUGAGGGGAACUUGAAGUGUUGCUACACCGGCUGUGGGCACCUGUGUUACGAGCAACUUAGAGAAGUGCCUAAACCCAAACCAGGAUCGUGUCCUAGAGCAGACGGCUUUGGGAUCUGUAUCAAUACAUGCAACUCUGACCAAGACUGUGAGAGGAACUUGAAAUGCUGCUCCAACGCCUGUGGGCGAACCUGUCAGGAGCCAGUCAAGGUGCCUAAACCCAAACGAGGAUUGUGCCCUGCUCCAGACGGCUUUGCGAUCUGCAUCCAUUCAUGCACUUCUGACCAAGACUGUAAGGAGGACCUGAAAUGCUGCUCCAAUGGCUGUGGACAAACCUGUCAAAAGCCAGUCAUAAGAACCAAACCAGGAUCUUGUCCUGCUCCAAUCCCCCAUUUCACUACAUGUGAUGAUCAAUGCUCUGACGACAGCGAAUGUGACAAGAACCUCAAAUGCUGCUACAGCGGCUGUGGCUACGAGUGUAAGAGCCCUGAACAUGGCAACCAGGAAAAUGUGAAAGGAUAAUAAUCAUCACAAAGCACUGCACUGUUAUAUAUGUAUCUCUGUCUCUCUCUCUCUCUCUCUCUCUCUCUAUAUAUAUAUAUAUAUAUAUAUGACUAUUAAACUCCAUCUCUUUUCUGACUUUGCAAAGACAUUGUGCAGUUGCCAUAAAUAAACCUGUUUGUCAGCCUAGUUAUUUUUGCAUUAAAAUGUUGUUGCAUUCCCUGUGAUCCAACUCUUCUGUUGUGUUUAUUUGUUAAAUAAACAUAAGUCAUAAGAUGA